AUGUUACUCUCAGGUGCGCGUCGCACGUCUCUACCAACGCUCGAUGCGGGGCACGACUUUGAAACUUCACUCGGCAGUAAUUUAGCUGAGUGGAUAUUUCAUCACAAAGCUCAUUCAUAUUAUUUAAAAUCACGACCUACAAGUAUCUCGGUCCAGGGAGUGCUCAAAGCCGAGACAAUGCUGGUCGUUUUGCCUCGGCACGGGCGAGUUUAUUCCUUCGAUGUUGCUUGUGCUUUUGAUAGAAACGGACAAUUUCGUCGCGAACGUGUUCCAGUUUGGGAUUUCACCACGAACGGGCUUAAGGAAGUUUAUAGUCAAGUGGACAGCGGCGGCGGUGGCUCGGCCGAAGUAAUGGUGUACUCUCUUGGCUGGGGCAUGGGGGAGCCGGAGCGGCGCGCGCUGGACCGCAAGCGCGCGCAGCCCGUCGUACACAAUCUCUCACCCGAUGACGGCCAUGAGGUCGACGUGCUACCUCUUAAUAACCAGGUGGGCGGACACACGAGACUGCUGGUUUUGAACGACAGCACAGUAAUCAAGCCCCUGAAUAUACGCGAGCUGCAUUUCUACCAGAACAUCCCGGAAGAUAUCCAGAGUUUCGUACCCAGAUACAAAGGCGUGAUGCAGGCCUCGCAUACGGGAGGCACGAAAUUGGACAAGCGGUACUCGCCAUGUUUCCGCGACGAGAACGGGCGCAAGCAGUCGCUGAGCGGGAAGCGCAAGCGCGACGACGUAUUCAAGUUUAAAGUUCACCGAAAUGGCAAUGCAAGCGAAGUACUUAAGAGCAUUGCGCACAUGGAUAAUUCCAACAAGCAAUAUUUCCUGAUGAUGGAGAACAUAACGUCGUCGUACCGGCGGCCGUGCGUGCUGGACCUCAAGAUGGGCACGCGGCAGCACGGCGACGACGCCAGCGCGGAGAAGCGCACCAAACAGAUAGCCAAGUGCGCCGCCAGCACCUCCGCCACGCUCGGCGUGCGCCUCUGCGGCAUGCAGGUGUACGUGCCGGAGACGGGCGCGUGCGUGCGACGGGACAAGUACUGGGGGCGCGCGCUGUCGGAGGGCGGGCUGCGCGGGGCGCUGCGGGACUUCUUCGCGGCGGGCGCGAGCGGCGUGCGCGCGCGCGUCGUGCGCCGCGUGCUACGCGACCUCGACAGUCUGCGCCGUGCCAUCGCUAAGCAGACCAGCUACCGGUUCUAUUCAUGUUCGUUGCUUAUAGUGUACGAAGGCGACAUCGAGAGCACGCUCCCGCAGGACGAGGCGAGCGGUUGCGCGUCGGAGUACGAGGGCGACGCGUCCGGCUCCUCCGAGUCCGCGCCUUCGCUCGGACACUUCGACAUGUCCACCCUACACGACGAGAUAUCCGGCGACGCGCGCGAGCCCUUCGUGCCGCACUCAGAGGAGACCAUGGGAGGUUACGAGGAGGGCGAGGGCGAGAGCUCUCGGCCCGGUAGCUCGCCGCGACACCCGCCCAGCCCCGACUCAGCGGACAGUUGGAUGGCAUACUCGUCGGCGAGUAGCGAGUCGUGGCGGCACGAGGCCGAGCCGUCUCCGGUGACCGAGGCGGAGAGCAAGCGCGCGCGCACGCGGCCCGCCGCUCCCGAGGAGCGCGUGGACAUCCGCAUGAUCGACUUUGCGCACACGGCGUUCGCGGGCGCCGCGGCGGAGUCCCCACUCGCCACGGCCACGCCGCACCACGGGCCUGACUGCGGCUUCCUCACCGGCGUGGACUCCCUCAAACGCCUGCUCACCGAGAUCCUCCACCCGCAGCCCUACAGU